AUUCGCGUCCCCUCUUGAUCCACCACAGCACCGCCAGCCAAGCUCCACGAUGAAGUGGCUGCUUACCUUUCUAUGCCUGAGUAUCUACAGCGCAGCAGUGUACGCCGUGAGCAGUACUGGAAACAGACUGCUGGUUAUCCAGGAAGACGAGACUGAACGAGAUCUAUUUUCGACCUUCUGGGCAGACCUAGAAAGUCGAGGAUACAAACUUACAUUCGAGUCUCCGAAGAACACGAAGCUCUCACUCUACCACCUUGGAGCCAGGGCUUACGACCAUCUCAUACUUCUCCCACCAAAAUCUAAAGGCCUGGGACCUUCUUUGACACCAAAGGCACUGCUAGACUUUGUGAACGACAAUGGAAACAUCUUAGUUGCACUGUCGGGUGGUGCUCCAACGCCCAACGGAGUCAGCUCUCUUCUCCUCGAACUCGACAUACAUCUUUCUCCAGACAGAGCCCCAAUUGUUGUCGACCACUUCAACUACGAUACCAUUUCUUCCGCGGAGAAACAUAAUGUUCUCCUUCUACCACGACCGGACAGGCUACGUCCUGAUACCAAGCCCUUCUUUAACGGAGAGGGUAUCCUCGCUCUUCCAAAUGUCGCUGGACAGUCUCUGGGGAACAACAGCCCCUUACUAGCUCCUAUCAUCCGAGCUCCCGCAACAGCUUAUAGCUAUGACAAGAGAGAUGACGACCAGUCAAUUGAUCAGAAGCUUCCAACUGGUUCGCAGCUUGCUCUGGCCACUGCUAUGCAGGCAAGGAACUCGGCGAGAGUCACAGUCCUUGGAUCAGUUGAUAGUUUGAAGGACGAGUGGUUCAAUGCCAAGGUGCAAGCGCCUAAGGGUGAGAAAGUAGAGACAGCCAACAAGCAGUUUGCUCAACAGCUUACCGCCUGGACCUUCCAGGAGACUGGUGUGGUGAAGGUCACUCGGGUUGAACAUCAUUUGAACGAGAAAGGUGACAUUGAGUCUGGACCCAAGGAACUCAACCCAUCCAUCUACCGUAUUAAGAACGAUGUGGUUAGUAUAUCUGUCUUGUGUCAAAAGUCCGAUGACUUUAUACUAACGUUACAAUGUUAGACAUUCACCAUUGAGCUUUCAGAAUACAGCUACGACCAAUGGAUACCUUACUGGACCGCAGAAGAAGAUGCCAUCCAACUCGAAUUCACCAUGCUAUCCCCUUUCCACCGUCUUAACCUGCAACCCGUGGACAGAACAGAGCACGCGGCCAUAUACCGAACCUCCUUCACUCUUCCCGACCAGCAUGGCAUCUUCUCCUUCCGCGUCAACUACAAGCGACCCUUCAUCACUAACAUUGAAGAGAAACAUGAAGUCACCGUCCGCCAUUUCGCCCACGAUGAGUGGCCACGCAGCUGGCGUAUCAGCGGUGGAUGGGUGUGGAUUGCCGGUCUCUGGUCUGUCAUCGGGGGAUUCCUCGCCUUCGUGAUGGUUUGGUUGUAUUCUGCACCACCGAUGAAAAGCAGCGAUUCCAAAAAGGAGCAAUAGAAUUGGGCAUUCAAAGCAAGAUCUAAU